GUCAUAUGCAAUAGACACACACAUAGACACAUAGCACAGCACACAAAAAGAGAGCAGAAAUCUGAAGCAAGCAACAAAAAACGGAGUGAUGUAUCUAUCUAUGUAGCAAAACCGAUCUUCCUCUGUAACGGUUACUUUUCUACUUUAUUUUCUUCUUGUAAGAACAACAAAAACUUAUAUAUAUAUAAAAAAAAAAAAUCAAAAUUAACCUCUCAUCAUCAUCAUUGACUUAAGAACAAACACUCCCUACUGCUCAAUUCAUGGAUUCCAACAACAAUCACAAGGAGCAAUGGGAUUGGCAUGGAGAGAAUUACUGUAUCCAAAAGACUUCGAACUUCGAUAUUACGGAGGAGGUUUGGAAUGACGUGCCUCAAAAUGGAGAAGAUCUUUCCUACAUGUUUGAUGGUGAAACAACUCCAGUUAAGGCUUGUGGUGAUUUGGCAUAUAAUGUCGAUAAUGGGGAAUCAAGUUAUAGACAAAAGGAAGUGGAGGAAGUGAGGGAGACUUCCCAAGCCAAGAGGCGGCGGAUGCUACAGUUCGACAGCCAAGAUAGUGAUCAGUCUCUUCCCAACAUGGAGAUGCCUUCGCCAUAUUUUAAAAAUGGGAAGGACGACUCCAUUAAGGAUAUUUUUCCAGAAGUGUCACAAUGGAUGUCUGGGGCACCAGAAUAUACAUUGGAAAAUGUACCUGACCUUGAAGCAAAUGAAGCGUGGCUUGCUGAAUACUUAAAUGAUGCUGAGAUGCAACUCAGUCCUGAUGAUUUGAAUUUUUCAGGAGCCGAUGAUGUGCAUAUUGAUGUUGCAGAGUUAUGUAACAUCACACCAUCACAUGAACAGAAUGUGGUUCCGCAGCCUGUCACUCGACCCUCUAAAAAUGUUGUCUUCAAAGGUAGGAAAUCUUUUAUAAGGACACCGACAAAGUUGGCUUCUACUGUUGCCUAUCCAUUUGCCUUCAUUAAACCAAGUGGUGCUCAUGGAGAUGUUACUCUGAAAGAAAUCAAUCAGCGCAUUCUAAAUCCAACCUCAAAAUCAAAGGAAAGCAGUGACGACACGUCCGCUUACCCUAAAUCAGCCUUCUCAGGAAAGCCUGUGGUUGGUAAAACAAAAAUCCGCACUGAUGGAGGAAAAGGUAGCAUCACAAUUAUGAGAACCAAAGGUUAAGUGUAAGUUAUCUAGUACUAAGUACUAACUUUUGCGUCACAAUUAAUAUGUUGGUUGCUUCGUUUUGUGUAGAUGCCAUGCCGAUACCGCAACUUUUUAUUUUCUUAUUUAAGUCCGUAAAUUACACCACCUUAGUGUUUUGUUUCCUAGUGGAGUCUAUAUAUUAUUUUAUCUGUUCUUUUGAGGGAGCACAUGAUUUUGUUAAGUAUGUGAUGAAAAUCUUAAUAUUUUUAUUAAGCUCUUUUCUCCUCACAACACUCCAUGGCUCUAUAGUCUAUAUGACAAUUUUACUAAGCUUGAGCUUAGAUUUUGUAAUUGAAACAUACGAAUCAAUUUGGCUCUAUUGCAUGUCCCUUGCAACAAAAUUUGUCUGAAAGAGAUGUGUUUUUAUUAA